UAAAUGACUGCUUUUCUAGCUAAUUUCACUUCUGUCUCGCUCCGAAACUCAAGUCAUAUUUGGGAGCAAAAAAAAAAGCACAUAAUUAUCUUUUCGGUGGGUUUUAAUUCCUCAGAAACUAAGCCAGUCUACAGCUAGGGUUAAUGUUUGGAGACUGAAUAUGCCGCUUCCUAUCCAAAUGUUUGGACCGCAGGGUCAAGUGGAGGCAAUGCAGGUCGACAUGCAGCCGGAGGGGAGUGACAGCCCUGAAGAAUUGACCUACACAGUUGACAAUCCCACAAUGGAUGUGGACAGCUAUGCGAUGUGGUACUCCGGACUGGCUAAGAUAAAUCGCUUACUGUUUGUCGCUGCUCACUGUCCGACGCUGAAGAUUGAAGCUUUACGGUUGGCGCUGAGUUACACCCAAACCACGUACAACACACAGAUGUAUCAGAUCAUCCAGAGGAAGUUAACAGAAGCUGUAUCCAGUACCUCCAUUCUCCCAGACGCAGUCAUAGGGGUCGUUCACAACGUACCGCCAUUCGAUACCCAGUGGGUUGAAUCGACCAAUAAGAAGGCAGCGUUGAAACUUGAGAAACUCGACACGGACUUGAAAAACUACAAGAGCAACUCCAUCAAGGAGAGCAUCAGGAGGGGACAUGAUGACCUUGGAGAUCACUAUCUAGACCAAGGUGACCUGAGCAGCGCCCUCAAGUGUUACUCGAGGGCCAGGGAUUACUGUACGAGCGCUAAGCACGUUGUGAAUAUGUGUCUCAAUGUGAUCAAGGUCAGUAUUCACCUGCAGAAUUGGUCCCAUGUCCUGAGCUACGUAAACAAGGCAGAAGCAACUCCAGAAAUAUCAGAAAGUCAUAGAGAGUCCAAAGACAAUCUGACCAUCGUCACUAAACUGAAGUGUGCUGCUGGUCUGGCUGAACUGGCUAUGAAGAAAUACAAGCCGGCCGCUAAAUACUUCCUUCAAGCAAUAUUUGAUCACUGUGAAUUUUCAGACUUGUUAUCAGCCAACAACGUAGCCAUGUAUGGGGGACUGUGUGCUUUAGCUUCGUUCGAUAGACAGGAACUUCAGAAAAAUGUCAUUUCCAGUAGCUCAUUCAAAUUGUUUCUUGAGUUGGAACCCCAACUACGUGACAUCAUCUUCAUGUUCUAUGAAUCCAAGUACGGGUCUUGUCUGAGACUCCUGGAUGAAUGUCGAGACAAUCUCCUCCUAGACAUGUACCUAGCUCCUCAUGUCAACACGUUGUACUCCCAGAUCAGGAACAGGGCCUUAAUACAGUAUUUCAGUCCCUACGUGUCGGCCGAUAUGUCCAAGAUGGCAACCUCGUUUAACACCACCAUCCCUGAGCUAGAGGAUGAGUUGAUGCAACUCAUUCUGGAUGGGCAGAUCAAUGCCAGGAUUGACUCGCAUAAUAAGAUUCUGUAUGCCAGAGACGUUGAUCAGAGGAGUUCCACUUUUGAGAAGUCACUGGCCAUGGGUAGGGCAUUCCAGAGGAGGACAAAGGCGCUGAUUCUUAGAUCUGCAAUGCUGAAGAAUAACAUACAAGUCAAGUUUGCUAAUGUGAGUGUGAACGGAGAUUCAGCCCCAGGGUCAGGCACAGUCUUGAAAUCAGAGUAAAAAUAACCGGAAAGCCCACCAAAGGAUGGAUGUAAUGCAGCAGAUACAUUAAUCACAAUGAGUACAGCCACGCCAUGACGACAACACUCUGAAGCUUUGUAUACGAUAAUCAGCCCUGGUGAAGCUAUACUGUUCCAAAUGGGAUACAAAGUUCAUUUUUUAUUUAUUUCCAUUCUAGCAAAGACAUCAAAAUCACUUGAGGAGAAUUGGAAACAGGGGCAUAACGAGAAGAAGCCAAAGCUUGUGGUAGGAAUGCCCAGUCAAACUAGUUACCCCGAUUGGAAACUCUUUUCUCCCGAUGGGGGUACCAAUGGUUCCCAAUUGGGGCGAGUCGGGGUGACAACACUUACCCAAUUUAGGCCAAUAUGGUUAUUGCCACCCAACUAUCCAGAAUGGGGUAUACUGUGUUGCCUUGUUUGGAACCCUUGUCUCCCAGUGGAGGUAUUAAUGGUCACCAAUUGGGAAAUGUAAGUUGGUGACAAACACCUGUGCGCAGUUUAGGCUAACACUAGUUGCAGGAUCAUUGUCAUCUAAGAUAUAUCCCAGUUUGGAUAUACUGUUACCCCCCCCCCCCCCCCCC